CGUACGGAAUACGGCAAGUUGAUUGUGCAGUCGCGCAAAGAAGGAUAUUACUUUUACGCAUUUUAUAGUAUUUUGACUCCCUCCAAAAUAUGGCAGAUGAUGAUGAUUACAUGUCGGAUGCAUUUCUUAAUACGAUUCAAGACGUGAAGCCGGGCAUGCCCAUAUUGAAACGUGUAAAGGAAGCUAUGAAAAAAGAAGAGCUACACAAGGAGAAGAAUCUGAAGAACCGCCAGAAGACGUACAAGGAGCAGGAGCAAGAGAGUCGGGAAGCCAAGCUGCAGAGCUCCAUUAGCAAUGAGAACAAAGGCUUUGCGCUUCUACAGAAAAUGGGAUACAAAGCAGGGCAAGGCCUGGGGAAGGAAGGGGCUGGAAGAGUUGAACCUAUUCCACUGAACAUCAAAACAGACAGGGGGGGGAUUGGAAUGGAGGCUGUCCAGAAGAGGAAGGCAGAAGAGAAGCUGGAGCAAAACCGGCAGAAAGUGCGAAUUAAGCAACAGGUAGAGAAACAGUCCCUGGAAGACUUCAGACUCAGGAUGAGGUCAGAGAGGGAGCAGCGGCAGACAGAGGGGGACCUGCGGAAGAGCCAGCGUGUCUGUGAGCAGCUGGACAACCAGAAGGACAUUACGGUUCCCCGGGAGAGCUGGUACUGGCCUGACACUACAAACAAGGAAGAAGAAGAUGAAGAAGAUGAAGAAGAGGAACAGGAAGUGGAAGAUGAAGAUGAAGGCCAGCAACUGACUUCGCUGGACAAGCUGCAGAUCCUUACGUCGUAUUUGAGGGGUGUGCACUUGUAUUGCAUAUGGUGCGGCACUGCAUACAGUGAUGAAGAUGAUUUAAACGCAAACUGUCCCGGUGACACAGCUUCCGACCACGACUGAGUGGAGGAGAGAGAACAGAUUUCACUCACCUUACAAAAUGCAAUCCUCUUUGUGAAGAUUGUGGACAUUAACAAUUUCAAACAAGGAAAAAUAUCUAGCAUGUUUAACAUGAUGCUUGGAAUUGUUUGCUGUACCAAGCAACCAUGAAAGCAAAUUUCUAAUUUCAUUAUUAUUAUUUUUUGCUGUUAAAUAUAACAAGUGUGCUUAUGGCAACUGUUGUAAUGAAUUAUGUGUGGUUUAGAAAUAUGUAUUUACUUUUUAUUUUUGUAUUUUCUAGAUGAAAGGACAUGCCUUGUGAAUGCUGUCCCUUUACUGAUAUUAAAAUAAUAUAGUUUUACCCCAGA